UCAUGAUAAACAUGUUUAGUUGGAACAGUUGUAAAAACAUUAAAUUUCCCCCCCCAAGAUUAAUAAUAUUGACCAUUAUUUCCUCUUUCCCACUUUGAUUUUCCUAAUAUUAUUCCAAAAAAUCUGUUGGAUUUUUAUUAACUUCACAUUCACACACAGGAGGGUUAAUUUAAGAUUAUAGCCAUCUUUAACAUCUGCGCUCGAGCUGCAUUUUUGGGCAAAAAAUAUAAAAUCUCGAAAUCAAGAAGCCCAUCUUGUGCACACUAUUCAAAAUGGGAACACAACUAAUCAACCAUCAAGUCAAAGAAGAGACCGUUGACUUUCCGUCAAUUCCACCCGGUUUCGAGUCUUUUACAGCCUUUAGAAUAAAUGAUAACAGCAUCACAUCAACUUCUUCGGUCACAACAAGUGGUCUUGCACCACAGACAGCCAAACCGGAACUCGUACAUAUGUACGGUCAGGAUCAAACGAUAAGGAGGUCUAGGAGGCGUCGAUCGGAAAUAACCCACAACCGAUUUGAUUGCAGUUCGGGAGACGAGUGUGAUUCUGAUCCAUUUGAUCAUAUUGAUCAAAUUUUAGGUUCUCGGAUCCCAACCGGGGUUAUCCGUGGGUGUGAUAAGUGCACCAACUGUCAAAAGGUCACUGCAAAAUGGCGUCCAGAAGAAGCUCGGGUCCCAAUUCUUUCCGAGGCUCCUGCAUUUUACCCAACUGAAGAGGAGUUUGAGGAUACUUUAAAAUACAUUGCAAGCAUACGCAAUGAAGCGGAAUCAUAUGGCAUAUGUCGGAUCAUUCCACCGUCAUCAUGGAAACCUCCAUGCCCUCUUAAACAAAAAAACAUAUGGGAAAAUUCAACAUUCGCUACAAGAAUUCAAAGGGUUGAUAAACUUCAAAAUAGGGAUUCAAUGAGAAAAAUGUUUAGACCAAAUUACCACAAAAAGAAAAAAGCUCGAAGAGGGACGAAAGCAGGGUUUGACCAUGUGACCCACGGGUCAAAUGCGGUCGAGCCGGUGGCUCACGAAGCUGAUUUUGGGUUCGAGACUGGUCCGCAGUUCACUCUUGAUGAGUUCAAGAAAUAUGCGGAUGACUUUAAAAGGCAAUAUUUUAGAAUAAACGAUGGGAAACCCGGUAUCCAAGAUUCAUGGGAACCGUUAGUAGAAAACAUCGAGGGUGAAUAUUGGCGAAUGGUAGAGAAUCCUACCGAAGAAAUUGAGGUGCUUUAUGGUGCGGACUUGGAAACCUGCACGUUUGGUAGCGGGUUUCCCAUUGUCUCUUGUCAAGUUUUGGGGUCGGAUGAAAAAUAUGUUAAAUCUGGUUGGAAUUUGAAUAACUUCCCAAAGCUUCAGCGGUCAUUACUCAAAUAUGAAAGUAGUGAUAUAUCCGGUGUUUUGGUUCCUUGGUUGUAUAUCGGAAUGUGCUUCUCGUCUUUUUGUUGGCAUGUUGAAGAUCAUCACAUGUAUUCAAUAAAUUAUUUGCAUUGGGGCGCCCCAAAAAUGUGGUACGGUGUAGCAGGAAAAGAUGCCGUUAAGCUAGAAGCCGCUAUGAGAAAGCAUUUACCGAAUCUUUUUGCAGAGCAGCCCGAUCUGCUUCAUAAGUUGGUCACACAACUUUCACCAUCGAUACUAAAAUCCGAGGGCGUUCCUAUUUACCGUUGCAUUCAAAACCCAGGUGAAUUUGUGUUGACUUUUCCUCGGUCAUAUCAUGCGGGGUUCAAUUGCGGGUUCAAUUGUGCGGAGGCUGUCAAUGUGGCACCGGUUGAUUGGUUGCCGCAUGGACAUACUGCAAUCGAGCUGUAUCGUGAGCAGGCCCGUAAAACGUCAAUUUCUCAUGAUAAACUUUUACUUGGGGCUGCAAGAGAUGCUGUAAAAGCUCAGUGGGAAAUUAAUUUACUUCGAAAAAAUACACCCGAUAACUUAAAAUGGAAAGACGUUUGUGGGAAAGAAGGGAUAUUAUCGAAAGCACUCAAGGAGCGUGUGGAGAUGGAGCGUGUGAGACGGGAUUUUCUUUGUAAAAGUUCUCAAUCUUUAAAAAUGGACGCUAAUUUCGACUCCGUAAACGAGAGAGAAUGCAGCGUUUGCUAUUUUGACCUGCAUUUAUCAGCUGCCGGUUGUCACAAUUGUUCGCCUGAAAAAUAUUCUUGCAUGAGUCAUGCAAACCAGUUUUGCUCGUGUUCAUCGGGGUCAAAGUAUUUUUUAUUUCGUUACGAUAUGAGCGAUUUAGAAAUCUUGGUUGAAGCUUUAGAAGGAAAAUUAAGUGCAAUAUACAGAUGGGCUAAAAAAGAUCUCGGGCUCUAUUUAACUGAUCAUUUAAAUAAAGAUAGCCCACGUUCUACGGGAUCGCCAGCCGAAGAGCGAAAAGAUUUCGUGAAGGAAGGUUCGGAAAAUAAUCGAUUGUUUGUGGGAAAUAGUGAUGUUAUUGUUCUUAGUGAUGAUGAGGCUGGUGAUGAGGACAAAAAGGUAAGUCCUUGUGGAAUUAAUACACCAGCGUUUCUUGCUUGUGGGCCUCACCAAGAAAUACGAGAUUGUGCAAGUGUCAAAGAGAAGUACAAUGUUGAACUUUUGGAAUUUGGAGUUGUGCAACCGGGAAAGUUAUGGUGUGACAAUCGGGCCAUUUAUCCUAAAGGAUUCAGAAGCAGGGUUAAAUACUUGGAUAUAUUCGAUCCCAAUAAUAUUUGCUACUACAUUUCACAAAUCUUGGAUGCUGGAUUGGGUAGACCUUUAUUUAUGGUUUCACCGGAGAAGUAUCCAAGUGAAGUAUUUAUCUAUUUUUCACCUGUAAAAUGUUGGGAAAUGGUGCGCGAAAGAAUUAAUCAUGAAAUCUCGGAACAACAUAAAUUAGGAAAAGCUAAUCUUCCGGUUUUACCACCUCCUGGGAGUCUUGAUGGAAUGGAAAUGUUCGGUUUUUCGUCACCUUUUAUCUUGCAGGGUAUCCAGUCGAUUGAUAGGAACCGUGUGUGUGAAGAAUACUGGAAAUCACACAAGUUCUAGGCUGAAUCAUGAGGAUUUACAUGGAAAUUGUGGGUAAAUAUUAGUGGUCAAAAGUCCAUAUCAACUCAAAGUAGGAAAUUAACAUGGUUUUUUUUUUUCCUGAGUUUGUACAUAUUUCAGUCUUGUGUAGUUACAGUUAACCAACUGGUUUUCAAAUUAGGUUUUUUGGAGGGUUAAUAUAGAGACUUGGAUUCUCAAGUGAGUCCUUGUUUGUUUGUUUUUUCAUA